AUGGCCGCCUUCCGGUCACGAUUCGAGCCGAGAAGCGACGACAUCCUCUUGACGACGUUCCGCAAAACAGGGAAGACAUGGCUCAAGGCACUCUGCUACAACAUUCUCGAUAAAGAAGCAGAAGAACAGGACCUACUGGCAAAGAAGAACCCCACGAGUUACCUGCCGGAGGCGGUGAGGGAGUCCGGAUGCAAGAUCGUGUACCUGGCUCCGAAUCCCAAAGACACGGUGGUGUCGAUGUGGCAUUUCUACAACAAGGUGUUGAAAAGUGGACCGGGUGACGAGCCGUACCCGUUGGAGGGAGCGGUGGAGAGCUUCUGUAGUGGGGUUCUGCCUUUCGGGCCCUUUUACAAGCAUGUGGUGGGAUUUUGGGAGGAGAGCCGGAGGCGGCCUCAGGAGGUGUUGUUUCUCAAGUACGAGGAGCUAUGCAGAGAGCCGAAGGAGCAGGUCAUGAAGCUAGCUUUGUUUCUCGGGAAGCCAUUUUCCCAGCUCAUGGAUGGAGAUGGUGAGCUGGAGAAGGUACUGUGGCGGAGCAGCUGCCUGGACAGGCUCAAGGAGUUUGAGGUUAACAAGAGUGGCGUCGGGGAGCUGAACCAUGUGCUCAAUUCCACCUUCUUCAGGAGAGGAACUGUACGAGAUUGGGAGAAUUACUUGACUCCACAAAUGGCUCAGCGCAUUGACCAGCUCACGCAGUUCAAGUUGCAGGGGACUGGACUUUCUCUCGAUGAUUAA